GGGGCGCUGCAGCGCGGGGGUGGCCGAAGCGGAGGCGGCGCUGGCGGCGAGAGGGUCCGAUGCACCGGGCCGGGAGCGGGGCCGGAGCCGCCGCGACACAGACACCCGGGGGCUUCCGAGGGUUUGGCAGGAGGAGCCGGCGCUGCAGCGCUGUGGAGAGAGGGGACUUCACAGGCGGCAUCUAUGGCACCAGCCUCCCGCUCACCAGCCUCUCCUCCGACUCCCGCCAGAAUAUACAUACCAGUGAUUUGGAACAUGAUGUCCACCUUCCUGAAAAUAAAUACUGUCUCUUGGGAGACGAGACUGGCACAGGAGGUGUUCUUUCAAGCAAGUUCCACAAGGAUGCUUACACAACAGCAGUGGAACAACUGGCAGAUCUUAGGUUGUCAAAAAAUAGGACUGGAACACAGCUCAGUCAAAAUAAUAGCAAGGAAGGGAUGUUUCGUUCCUGGAGAUAUACACACGAUCAAAGCAAUUCUACUGUGAACAGAGACUCCAAUAAGCCUCUAGUGGAAAAACUUUCCAGCUCACAUGGUAAUUCUUUAAACUUCUUUACUGUUAAUCCCACAUUGGUGGGGGCCUAUAUGAACAGCUAUCACACAGUGUCUUACCGGGGACCUCAGCAGAUGCCAUUAGGAAUCUACUGGACAAAUGGAGAUGGGGAUUUUUUCAAGGCCAGAAAUGAAACCACAGCUUCUGACUCCUAUCCUGCUACAGAAAGUAGUAGUGAUGACACUCUCUGUAUGUCCAAAUGGAAUUUGAAGUUGCGAAACAGCAGUGUCGAGAACAGUCUUUUACCAGAGGAAGGUGAUGUUUCUGAGAGUGAAAAAGCAAAUGAUGUUUUGCUUAGUUAUUUCAAAUAUAUGGAUCUGAACUUAAAACCAGAAACUAUAGAAAACAUUGAAAAAGCUUCCUCCAAGCACCAAAAUGAAGUGUUUCCAUACCCUGAUUUUCUCCCACCACCUUUCAAUAACCUGGACUUACAAAAGUUGGCCUUAUCAAAAUGGGAUGACUGGAAGGAAGUCUUUAAUCCACCACCAGAAAGCUCUGUUGUGAAAUUAAUAUCUCGUUUGCUGGAAAUUGAAAGGAUGCAGUACUUGACUAUAUUAAAAGAGAAGACAAGAGACCUGACAGUAUCUUCCAGUAUGAUGCUUGGCAAUCGACCCAGUUCUACAAACUCCAUGCAUCAGUUGAAGCAGUCAAGACUGUCUGACCCUUUAUGUCUUCAGACACCUUUUAAUCGAGACUAUCAAGAGAAAAAUAAAUCCAACCAUUCUGGCUGCUGCACGCAUGAGUGGAACAGCUCAAAAUGUACUUGGGAGUACUGUCGUCAUUGCAAAUGGAGUGCUGGAACAUCCUCCAUUAGAAGUUCAUCCAGAAAGCAGCUUAGAGCAUCUUGUGAUGCCUUUAAAAGCUCUAAACCCCCCAUCAUUUUAAACUCUAACAUGCUCUUGCGGAGGUCUUCCUCAUGCUGUGUGGCGGCACCAAGAACUCAAUCAACUGUUAAAUUGACUUCCCCAAAGCUACUGCCACCAAGUACAGCUAUAACCAGUCCUUUCCCUGAUAAGGACAGUUUAAAAUAUAAACAGCCAAGGACCAAAAGGAAACUCUACAGAAAAAACGUAGUAACGAGUAAGACUUUUCAUUGCCAGAAGUUAAAAUCUGUAUCUGCUAUGCCAAAGCAGAAGUACACUCACACUGACAAACAGUAAUUUCUUGAAUUCAUACUUCUCAUUCUGAGUGAGUCCUGCUAAGCAAUCUUAUUUUAUCUUGAUUUUUGUCAAGUUAAAGUAUUUUUAAUGGUAUGAGACAGAAGUGAUAUGAAAUAGCACUUGUGACAGUUGAAUCCACUUGUAUUGUAGAAAAAUCAAGUUUUAUCCCUCUGCCUGCUGACAUCUUUUACAGACCAUUUAUGUAACUUUUAAAAGAAUUGGAUCAAUAUAAGCAUACCAGCAGAUCAUCCCGUUCCUGAGUGCAACUAUAUUUUUGUAAAUGUUUACAAAAGUAAUAUCAAUAAAGUAUAGUUAUAUUACACUAGCACCCAGAAAAUCCCACUCAGCAUCAGUGCUCCCCCAUGCACUAGGUGCUGUAUUAAUACAUCGGAAGAUACGGUGUCAGCCAUAGAGAAUUCACAAUCUAAGUGCAAUAUGAAGGGUGGGAAGAGAGGGAAAAAUACAAUUUCUAUACAUUUGUCAUUUUUUUCUGAUACAUAGAUUAAGGACCAAUUAUCUGAUUAUACAAAUGGGAAAAUACUGAAGCAAAAUGAAUGUAGUGCAUUUCUAUCAAUAUGUAAUCACUCACUUUUUUCCUCAAACAAGGAAAUUAAAUGGAACAGUGAAAUUGAUGAAGCUUGCUGUACAUGCCUAGAAAUCAAGAAAUUCUGAAUUAUUGUUCCUGUUGCAACCAUAGUUGUCCUUGUGUAUGAGACACUCCUCCUCCCGAACAAAACACCUGUGUUAUCUGAUACUUCAGUGGCGCAUACUGGAAAUUCUGUAGCAGUUCCAUUUAAAAUUCUGUUUUAAUUGAAGUCAAUACACUAUUCCCAAUGUUACUUAUUCAAAUAUUAAGUUUGAUGUUAUACUACCCUAACAUGUUCAUUAUGUGUCACAGAUUUUGGUACUGACAAGUAAUUGAACAAUAGAAGUUGUCAGAGGGGUAAAACUGGAGAUUUUUGGCACAUGAAAAGGUGGAGGGUUGUUACCGUAUUGCUAAAAUGAUCAGCAGUGAAAUAGUUAUAAAUGUUGACAUUUCAAAUAGCUUUAGGUUUCAGGGUUACCAAUCCUCAGUACCUCUCAGCAUUAACUGAGGAAGAUGGCAGGACAUCAGUUUACAGUCUUCACAUAUUUAAGGAUAAUUUUCUUGAUGCAAGUCAGAAACACUUGUUUUUAAAACCCUGAAAUUUUAGCUACUGGAGCUCAUUUGUACAAGGGCUGGAUAUUACACUCAUAGAAUACAAUAUAGCAUGGUCUGUAAUGCAAUACAUUCCUAUAAGUGCUUCUCGUCAGAGCAACUUACACACAAUUACAUCUCAACAUCCUGGACUUUAAGGUAAACAGUAGUACAGGAGGGGAAGGAAGGCGUUGAUUGCCACUUUAACACCCUGAUUUUAGUUGCUUAUCACUUUAAGUCUUUCAUCUUUGGGGCUGAAAGAGGAAGGGGCAGAGCACUGAGUUGGAGUCAUGCAUCAGCAGUCUCUGCUGGCAGGGCUCUUGUGGAACCCUGGGGAGAAGCUUUAGUUUCUCCCCACCCUGUAGAAAUAUGAAGGGAGUGCAUUAUCAAGGGAGCAUAGAUUGAGUGAAUCUGGCUUAUGAUCUUAACCAAUUCUUAUUCUCAUGAGAGUUCUUGGAAGCAAUUAGCUGUUCCCCCGCCCACACUGAUUGCUAGAUCUCAUGGUUGUGAGAGGGCCUGUGUAAAUCACCCACUCCCACUGGUGGGUUGGGCAGGAUAAUUAAGACCCCUGUAUUCAAGAACUUGAGGACUUUUCAGUCACCAACAACUUUAACAUCCAGCCUUGCACCACAAACUGAUUAAGACCUACUCAGCCAGGCCUGUGCAGAAGAUCUUUUCAAAGUGAUUAGCAUUCACUGAAGUUACAAUUAUACACUUUAAUGAGAAGAUUUUUCUCAAACUUCACUGUGGAAUCAAAUGAGUCUGUUCUCUAGGACCUACAGCAUACUCAUUUUUAUACUAGAUACACAGUUAAAGAUCCCAAGUACAAAUAAAUCCAGUUGUAAGAACACUCUCUGCAUGCUCUCCUGGCUCAUUGCCGUACAGCUUGUCCCAAAAUAGAUUUCUUGUUUUAGAAAACUUCCUAUUUAAAGUGAGCAUUAAAGUAUUUAGGGGCCUGAUCUUGACAACUACCGAGCACCCGCAACUCCCAGGCAGUGGCUGCACUGGCAAAAAAGGGGACAAUAAUAUGCCAGCAGUGCAGUUCCACUAGUGGAAGCUAUAUUAUAGAGAGGGCUUUCAGAUCGCUAUCACCAUGCUACUUAACUAACCUGCUGGUGAGCUUUAAAGUUCAAAAACAGAACCAAUGAUCGAUAGAGAGCCAGAGUAGUGACUAGAGCGCUGUGCACUUGUCAGCUCAGCUGCUUUCUGUAUCACUUGGAGUGUCGUAGGUCCCAAUUGAAUCAGAGUUUUGGACUGCAUGGAGAUAAAAACACAAAACAUCUCCUGAACUCAAAACUGACAGUAGACCCCUUCCACUCUCUAAACAAGAAAUUGUGCUCAUAUUGUUCAUGGUGAGCGGCUCACUGCUUCUGGAACUGGUUUAUUAUUACACCUGGAGAAAAUAGAGUUCAUAUUUAGGCACAACCGGCAUUUGUUACAUUUUAAAAAUGUAUUAGCUCAGCUCUUGUAAGCAGCAAGUGCUAAGUAAUGUAUCUUACAGAUCAAUGCAAACUGUGAGCCAGAACUCAUUUACAUUUUCUCCUGCUAAAUCGAACAAUUUCGUAACAAAGAUUUAUCCCAGAGGGUUUCAAAUUAAAUCUAUUUAACAAUUUUUCAGGAUAAAUGUUUUGCAUAAUUGCAUAAUUGCAUUUUAUUUAUAAGCUCUUGAAAAUGCAGCCAUAAAUUUUAAAUAAACUUGACAUGUUUCUCUGAACAAAUGCUGCCAGCUGUGACAGCUGGCUGAUGGUGAAUAACAGUCAUCUCAGAACUCACUUAACCAUUGUACCAUGAUUGGGUUAUCAGUGACUAAGAUGGAGUGAUUAGAAUCAGCAUCUUUGAAAGGUGAGAAGCUACCAACCAGCACACCACCCUACAUGGUUACAUUUAAUAUAAAAACAUUUCGAUUCAGGUCGGCUGAUAUUCACCCCAUGCACUAAGUCAGCACAAGAUGUACUCAUCUGCUUAUGUUCCAUUUAAAAACUAUUGGCUAGGGCCAAUCUGGUUUAUAUUGGUAACAUUUUCAUUAAUACCUAUAUAUGAAAUGGCAUAUCACUCACAACUGCACUUGAAAACAAUGAAUCACUUCAUCUGUGAAGUUGGAAAGUUUUCAUAUUGAGGGUUUCAAAACUAGUGUAUAAAAGAUUCUAAUUAUGAAAAAAUGUUCAGUCUAUCAUAAUAUAUUAUUAAUGUCAGAAUUAUUCUAACAAGUGCAUAAUUGUGUGUGUGAUUGGGGAGGUGGGAGUGGGAGAAGCAUUUAUAUUCACUGCCCAAAGCAGCAUACAACAGGAAAUAGAAAGAGGAAAAUCUCACGUUAGUUGCUGUAAGUUACUGGCAUGGAUAGUGAAAAUCCAGAUAGUACAGUUGAGACUUAAAAAAUAAUCACUUUACAUAAAAAUUUGACCCAACUUACAAUCUGGUGAGUGCCUCUUUCGUUUAAAAAUUGACAUGAAGAAAAAAACAAAACAAGACAUGGAUUUGGGCCCUAUUUUUGUUCUUUCUGGUCCAGUCGGACCAGAUGGAAUUGGAGCAUCUCACCCAUUCUCUUCUCAAAACUGGAGAUAAUUAACGCUGUGCCUUUAUAUACAGAGGAGGAGAGCUAAAAAUAGCAUGUCUACAGCAGCACACUAGUGCUUGACUAGGUUUUUCAGAGCUGCACACAGUAGUGGUGAUAAAUGAUAUACUAGUGCACAAGCAGACAAGUAAACAAAACAGCAAGUGUGGCUGCCUUUUGUUUUAAAGCUCCCACAUUCAGUACAAUGGAAACUUGACAAAAAAAGGAUGACCAAGAAAAGAGAAAACAGAGACAUGCUGUCAAGUACCAGUAGUGGAGAAUUUAAAAAAAAACAAAAAAAACCCCCCAAAUCACUACUUGGGAGUGUCACUUUAACUAUACUCCUACUACAUUCCUCAUCAAUCAGCUUGCUUUUGAACUAGAAAUUCCCAGGAAAUCUUGAUGCUUAGUUUAGUGUAAAUCCUUUUCAGAUUCAUUUCUAACACUGGCAAAAUAAUUGGUAGCUUGCUGUGGACAUGCCUUUAUGAGACAACUGUAAAUACCAUCUUUCCUCCUUCAGAAGUUUGAACAAGAAUUACCCUUACUGAGUCAUCCCAGCAGUUUAAGAAAGAUUUAAGUUUAAGAUUCAGGCUAUGCUGCUACAUAGAACUGCUUUGGCCAUGACCCUGGCUACAGUUAAUUAGGAUCUAGCCAUUUGAUUGUUUCCUAUGUUUAAAAAAAAAAAAAGAUUUUGUGGGUAAACGAAGUUAAGACUUCUGUAUUAACUUAUUGGAGAGAAAAGCAGGGUAAGGAUGGUCAGGUCACAGUGUCAUAAGGAGAGAAGGAAGUAGCUAGUAAGAUGUGUAUCUUACAUUGCCUUCAAUAUUAUUUGUCUGUUGUCUAGCUAUUAAGGUCCUGAUCCAGCAUGUAUGCAACAUUACACACAUGUAGUCCCAUUGAAUUAAAAUAGGACAACUCGUGCAAAGUAUGUAAGUUUCCAGAAUUGGGACCUGAUAUUGUAAGCUCUUCUGAGCAGAAACUGUGUUUCUGUGUAUGUACACAUACUUAAUGCAUUUUGGCACUACUGCUGCAAUAGAAAUAAGUUUAGUUCACCCCUACUCCCGAGGAACAUCUGAGCUAUCAGUAUUCAUGUCUAAACUACAUGAAACACUCAAGAAUUUAGUGGAGAGGAAGAUUCUGUACCGUUGUGAGUAGAAACAAGUGACUGUGUUUUUUUCAGUCAUAUCUUUGUGCGUGAUGUGCAAUAGUUUCCAUUUAAAGAAAAUUCAAGACAAUGCUUGAGAUAAAUGUCAAAGCAUGUGUGUUUUGGGUGCAGUAUGUUGGACUUCAGUCACUUUUUUUUCCUUCUAUUUUUUAAAGUUUUUAGUUUAAGACAAUGCUGGCUCGUCAAUUUCUUAAUAUUUGGGUGGCCAGAACUACAGAGACGCAGGAAACCCUGAAGUUCUAGGAGGAGCAUCUAGCAUUGCUAUGAACCCCACAUGAAACACUUUUUAUUGAAAAGCUUGUUUGAUUGCAGGGAAAGAUUGUAGAAUUUAGCAGUGGAAGGAGAAAAGUUUACAUUUGGGAGUUGAAGAGUUCAGCUAAGAAGCAGAUUUGCAUGACAGAAUGGUUGCUAAGUGCCUCUGGGUUUUGACCGUCUUUUUUAUUAAUUAUGUUUUCUGAAGAGGUUGGUCUUAAUUCUUAUGUGAUAGGCUUCUAGCAGAUAUACACAUAGUUUUGUUAUUUACUUUGUUUCUUCUGUAGUGUUAUAGUCUUGUUUUUCCUUUAUGUAAUCUAUACAUAUUGUUAUAAAUAAACCC